AAACUGCACCGGACGCUGUUGCCGUGGAGACCGGGCCAGCACCGGCCGAGCGAGCGAGCGAGAGUUCCUGUGACCGAAACAUCAAACGUGGGAAUUCUGCUUCGCUCUACUAAAGAUGCUUCCAGUCAAGCCUGCUUUGCGCUGCAGCGUGUCCGAGUGGAACAACAACAACCUCCAGCUGUGGGCCGAAGCUCAGCAGCAGAGGCAGGUCUCUGGUGAGAUCAGACAGGAGUGCAGGUCGCUGCGUAAUGAGACCCACAGCAAGACGGUCUGGGAUGAGAAGGAGACGUCUCGGCGUCUCACUGAGCGUGUCUGGGAUGUCUCCAGGUGGAGGGACUUGCUGCAGAGCUGCGCUCAGAAAGUGGAUGAAGAGAUGGAUGCUCUGACGCUGUCCAAAGAGCUGACUGAGCAGGCCCUUGCCGCCACCGCCACCCCCCUGGAGGUCAGCACCGAGUGCCUGAUGCUGAGAGAGGGGCGGCGUGGGUACGAACUGGUCGCCGACCCUGUGGAGGAGCAGCUGCAGAAGGAGGUGGAGCUGAUUGAGAGAGUGCAGCGGACUCUGCAGCAGCACAUCGAUGAGGCCUUUCAGCAGCUGUGCAUCCUGCAGGAGGCGCGGCACCAGCUCACCGCCGACCUCCAGAACAAGACGGAAGCACUGGAUAUCGAUAAAUCCUGCCUGACCCUUACAAUAGCAUCACCUCACAUCUCCCUGAAGACCAACCCCACCCGCAUACCAUCAGGUUCCUCCACCCCUCAGGAGUGGGUACAGCUCAGCAGCCACAAUGUGGUCCAAGCCGAGGAGGCCAUGAGGUCAUCCCAGCAGAUGAGGGAGGACAUGAGCCUCAGCAGAGCCCAGCUGCAGAACGAACUGGAGGCGGAGAGCAGAGCUACAGAGUUUGCUCUGCGCAAACGCAGUCAUCACGAGGAGCAGGCGCGGGACGAGCUGCAGUGGCAGAUACGAAAUACGGAAGCGGAAAUUGCUGAAAUGGAGAGCGACAUCCAGGAACUGGAUGCAGACCUGCAGGCCAAAACCGCCCCCUUGAAGCUGGCUCACACCCGACUAGAGAACAGGACCCGCAGACCCGGGGGGGACCUGUGCAGGGACGAGGUGCAGCACAGCCUGGUUGCAGAGGUGGAGCAGCUGGAGGCCACUGUGCUGGCUUUGCAGCAGAAGCUCUCCAAGGCUCAACACUCUCUGCAGAACUUAAGGCUCCAUCACGAUCAAAUGCUGCAGGAUCUAUCCAGAAAACAGGAGGCUCUGUCGCUGGAGCAGCGCAGCCUGAGCACCCGGACCCGCCUCACAUCGGGCUCCAACCCAGUAAGGGUGGUGGCGCCGGCGGUCCCGUUAAUGAACUCCUGUGGGAGGAGCAACCUGCAGCUGUUGGCCGAGUGAGACCCCUCCCCUCCCUGCGUUGUUGUCCAUGUUUUUCUCGUGUCCUUAUCAACUCUUAACUGCGCUCCAAAUUCUGCUCGAAAGCUGCCGGGUCGCUAGGUGUUUACCAUCUGCACUUGUUUUCCAAAAGGCCAGGCGAGUCUUAUCAAGCUUGGGCUUUAAUGGCUGUGUUUGGCUUCGUCUUAUUGUUUGAUCAACUGAUGCGAUUUGGAGCAUAAAGCAGGAGUAAUGACGUGAACUUUGACUCGGCUUUAGAUAAAUCGGGCAGUAAAGUCCAAGGACUAAAGGGCAGAAAUGUCAGCAGCUAAACUGGACUUAGGUGCAAAUUUUGGCUUUCUGACAAUCAUUUUUUCAAAUAUUUAAAUUAGUGUGUCAUCACAGGAAUUUUUUUAAUGACUGCAGGAAGUGACCACAAACAGUGGGGACUCAGGCGUGGCCAGAGCUAUCGAAUACUUCCAAAACACAGUGGGAGGGGGGUCAUGACAGGGAUGGUACAGGGGAUGGACAUACAGAUGACAAUCAAAAUAUGUUUUUACAUUUUCAUAUAUAAACCAUGUCUUCAAGAACCAAUUUGACAAAGAAAUUCCAUUAAUUACAACAUAAAUAAUUCAGCUGGUAAAAAAAGUUGAUAUCAGAGGCUUUAACUUUACAAAACAAAUCCCGAGUGAAUUUUCUCCAAAGCUUUACUAUCUACAUCCCUUUUUCUCGGGCUUUGAAUUCAUGUUUUAACUAAACAUUUACUGUACUUUGAUUUUUGAUUACUUUGACUGUUUGGUUUUCCCUAAUUGAAUGAAGCAAUUUAAUAAAGUAUUGUGUUUGUAAAAAGUGUA